AUGGUGGCGUGGCUCCGCGUCGACACUCAAACUAUCCUCAGUAUCGCCGGCCACGUGAUCACGAAGAACCACAGAGUGAGCGUGACCCACGCUGACGGCACCUGGACCUUAACCCUUAAGGAAAUAGGUCCUUUAGAUAGAGGAAGAUACAUGUUCCAAGUGAACACCGAGCCAAUGAUGAGCCAGACUCGUCUGUUACAGGUUGUAGUUCCACCCGAUAUCGACGAUGACAUCAGCAGUAGUGAGGUGUUGGUGAGCGAAGGUGAUAUCGCGACAUUGAGGUGUGCAGCUUCGGGCACGCCACCACCUGACAUUACUUGGAGGAGAGAGGAUCAUAGGCACUUUAGAAUUGACAAUCACACGUUAGUUGCACCGUCAAUAUGGGCAGGAAGAGUCACAAUACGUGCUCCUUCAAGUAGCUCCGUCACCCUACAGUGUACUUCUGAAGCAUAUCCAAUACCUCUGGUCUACUGGGUACUCAAUAGUGAACACAGGAUUGUUAAUGAUACAACUGAGACACAUUGGGAGCAGCCGUACCGAGGAGUGCUCGAUGACCCAGGACUUAAUAAUCAUUAUAUUGUAUUAAGUCAACAACAGCUUCAGAAUUUAGGUGCCUAA